AAUUGUGAACCUUUUCUUCUUGAAGGUUUGAAUUCCUCCCCUCUCUGAAGCAGGGUAUAAUGGAGGUUUGCAGGAGGGUGAGAGUUGAGAGAGCAGCGAGGAGAGAGAAAGGUGGAGAAAUGAAAAGCAAUGAAAGAGAAAAGUUGAGGGCAUAAAUCAUAAUCCAACUGAACUGAACUUCUUCUUCUCAGAAAGGCAUAUUCUCAAACCAGUUACACGCACUCCAACCCGAUUCCAAGCCCUUACUUAAUUAUGUUCCAUUUUCCCCAACCUCCCUUCGCACAUUCUCCUCUCUGCCCAUUCAAUGACCGCAGGAGCAAUGGCCACCGCUGCCGGAGCGGCGGCCAUGCUGUACCUCAUCUUCAGCCGGAGGAGGAAGGUCGAAGAGGAGUGGUCCAGGUCCUCGACGUGGAGGGUGAACCCAGCUCAGGCGCCGGCGAAUGUGUUCGAAUCGAUUUCCAUGUUGUCGGAGACGCUGAGGUUCACUUACUCCGAGACUCUCGGCAAAUGGCCAAUCGCCGACUUGGCCUUCGGCGUCAAUUACUUUAUGCGGAGACAGGGUGAUUUGGCGGUUGCGAGUGUGUAUGGUGGAAGCGGUUGCGUGGAGCUAAAGGGCCCCGAAGUUGUAGCGGAGUUACAAGAGCUCAACAGGUUGUUGACGUUGUGCAUGCUUUUCUCGAAGAAACCAUUUCAAGACUUUUUAAAUUCCGCUGGAUUCUCCCAGGACCGUGUCCUUCUUCACAAUCCCAAAGCUGAGCUUCUGAAGCCCGCUUUCACAAUUAUACAUGAUACACAAUCAAAAUGUUUCCUUCUAUUGAUCCGGGGAACACAUAGCAUAAAAGACACCUUGACAGCUGCAACUGGUGCCGUGGUUCCCUUUCACCAUUCUAUUUUAAAUGAUGGAGGGGUAAGCAACUUGAUUUUAGGAUAUGCACACUGUGGUAUGGUUGCUGCAGCUCGUUGGAUUGCAAAACUCUGCACUCCUACACUACUUAGGGCUCUUGAUGAAUGUCCUGAUUCAAAAGUCAAGAUUGUUGGACACUCACUUGGCGGUGGUACUGCAGCACUGUUAACAUAUAUUCUUAGAGAACAAAAAGAAUUAUCUUCAAGCACUUGUGUCACAUUUGCCCCAGCUUCCUGUAUGACAUGGGAGUUAGCUGAAUCAGGGAAGCACUUUAUCACUACCAUUAUAAAUAAUUCUGACUUGGUACCCACAUUAUCAGCUUCUUCUGUUGAUGAUCUGCGCACUGAGGUUGCUGCGUCAUCUUGGUUGAAUGAUUUAUGGGAUCAAGUUGAGCAUACAAAGGUUCUGAAUGUCGUCUGUCGCUCAGCAACUGCACUUGGAUCUCACUUCCAAUCUAUAUCUAGUGCAAAAGACAAGGUAACUGGUGUAGUUGCUAUUCUACGGCCAGUAACCAGUGGCACCCAGAAUGUGAUGAAGUGUGCACAAACCGUUGUCAAAUCUGUUAUCAAAACUAUGGCCGCACACAGUCGAAAUAUUCGUUCAUUUCCAAAAUCUAAAUUAGAUAACUUGGCUCAAACUUCUCUGGUACAUGAAAAUAUAAGUAAAUCUUUUUUGACUGAAUGUGCGCCUGUGUUGAAUAAGGAUGAACCAAACUCCUCAAGUGGAAGAUCUGGACUUGAUGCCAUAUAUGAAGAGGAACAAGUCACUUUUAGCAACGAGUACAUUACCCCUCCUGUGGGAGAUAACAUCAGCGAAGGUGAACUGUGGUAUGAGCUGGAGAGGGAACUCAAAAAAUCGAAUAAUACCCUGGACAUUCAUGCUCAUGUAGAAGAGGCAGCUGCAGCAAAAGAGAUAACCAAAGAAGAGAAUCAGCUUAUUGAUGCUGCACAAAGUAGCAAUUCAAUCACAGCAUCCGACAACAUAGACAGCUAUCGAUUUUAUCCCCCAGGAAAAAUCAUGCAUAUUGUUUCCACACCAUCUGAUGACUCUAGUUCAAACUUCAUUGAAGAACAUGCCAAAUUAUAUGAAACUCCUAGACAGUUGUAUAGCAAGCUCAGACUUACAAAAUCGAUGAUAAAUGAUCAUUACAUGCCAACGUAUAGGAAGAUGAUCCAACUAUUAAUCCAACAACUAGAUAAGGAUGAUAAAGUGAAAUAGAAUACAGUGUACUACUACCACGAAAGGAAAAAUACCAAAUGUUUAAAUAAUCAAUCUAUGAUACUGAUUAUUUGC